UAUGAAUAACGCGCUCUCGACGCCUGCCGCCCAUUCCGUCGCGAACCGCCGGCAGUGCCGCACGCAGCCAUGAUUGAUUACGCGCGUCCCUACGAUCAAAGCAUGUGCGAUCUCUAUCUGCCUCCCACACCACCGGCGCCCGCGCGUCUUGAUGAUUUCCAAGUUUUCAAAAAGGGUAACCCUUCUCACAUAUACGGAAACUACUACAAUAAUUACGAAAUGUAUGGGGAACCAGAAAUUGACACCGCCGCCAACGUUUACCACAACCUCGUUAGUUCCCGCGAGUACCGUCACGAGGACUGGAAGCAAAAAAUGGUCAUCGACUGGAAUGACAAUGAAACUGUAUCCUGGAUAAUAGAGUGUGCCGUCACCCACGGAUUCUGCGAGUAUGAUGUACCGUUUUAUAAUUUCAAUGUCCCAGGUAUGGAACUGAGAAAUAUGAGACGAGAAGAAGUCCAACAGAGAAUGGCUCAUCCCAGCGUCGAUCCUAAUCUAUCAAGAAGGAUAGGUGACACAAUUUUCGACAAAUUGCAGAAUCGUUUAAAUGAAGAUAUGCUCCGACAGUCGUCAGUGUUUAGAUACGCGGAGAGUGAUCCGUACCAGAGUAAUGAACCAGUGAAGACAGUGUUAGAUUUGGACUCUUUGGAUCAUAAAAACAGGUUAUAUGCUUCGGGAUAUAAGCCAAAUGACAUUAGUUUGUUUCAAGCUGCCGACUCUAGCGACGAUGCCGAGGAUGUAUUUCGUUCCUCGGAAACAGCAUCGCCGGAGUGUUCAUACGGUAGUGAUGGUAGCAAAUCUGGUGACGAGGAAGAGAAAAGAAAAAUGUUUAAAAGACCACCCGGACGACCUAAAGGCAGCGGCAGAAAAGUAUGCAAGCGCCCUAGAAGCGUGUCCGUGCCAGAGUUUCUCCGGAAUCUCUUGUUUGACGAAAAGUACUGCCCGUCUAUCAUCAAAUGGGAAGAUCACUCGCAAGGAAAGUUUAGAUUCGUGAAACCAGACGAAGUGGCAAAACUCUGGGGCCAGAUGAAGCAAAACGACAACAUGACGUUCGAGAAGUUCAGCAGAGCCAUGCGCUAUCACUAUAGACAGUCCGUCCUGGUGUCCGUCCCCACGGCGCGGCUGGUGUACCAAUUCGGCCACAAGGGACCCGACUUCAAGACAGACAACCCAAAUUUCAUCAAAGUAAAGUCAGAAAUCGACCUACAUGACAUGACGUAUUCGAAUUCGUAGUGGAUUUUUUGGAAUAUAAGGAAUUUAUUGGAAAACGAUGCUCAUGACGAAGUUGAGGAGAUGAUAGUUAAUGUUUGAUGUUUGUAACCUGGUUGCGAUUAUCGAAACUGAAAUUAAACUAGUAUCGGUCAUGCGAAUCUCUGUUGUAGUAAGAUAAAUGAAAAAAGAAAAAAAAAAGACUCAAUAGAGGAUGUCAAAGACCUUACCCUCAUAAAGGUAGGAUAGUUAAAUGUUCAGAGAGAUCGCUCCCAGGAAUAAGUUGUUUGAAAUGAUUAAGAAUAGGAAUUAGAAGGAAUAUUGGAAAUGAUUAUGGAUUAGGUGUUUCCAGAUUGUAAUGAGUGUGAUUAACGUAAGCUCGGUGUCCGAUUCGGUCUCGUUUUGAAGGUUGUAACUAAAAUGAUUGUUGGAUUGUUGCCGUCAAUUAAAGGUUGUAUACCCGACUCGUUGAAGUGUCCAUAUUAUUUUUUUAAGUGAUCUUUAUUAAAUUUCUAAGAAUGCUUUUAUCCUCGACGUGGAGUUUUCGUGGUCGAACUUUUAUGGUUGUUCAGAGUUACGAAUUUUUGAUAAAGUAUUUUUAGGAUUUCGAACGUUGUUACCAUAUGGAUAAGAUUAGUUUAAAUAAACUAUUGUAGUUAAACGAUGUAUUUUAAACAU